UCACCUUCUCGUUAGUUUCCAAAGCUGCCACACCAAACCCCACAAAAAAAAAUCUCCAUGACCUUGCUACCAACCAAAAUCCACGAUUUCAAAACAACACCCUUUUCAAUCCUUUAUCCCAAUCCUUUCAAAAAUUCACACCCCACAUAGUUUUUCUCAUUUUUCCCCAACUGGGUUUUUCGUAAAAAUUCUGAUUUGGUCAGAUUUUUAUUCAUUUAUCUAUAACAGUUUGGUCUAUGUUUUCUUUUUCUUCUGUAAAGCCAUGAAUUUCAGGAGCUUGGAAGAGUUCUGGGCUUUUUACAUGACCCAACAUUCAAAGCCAUCAACUAGGCGCUGGCACUUUGUGGGGACCCUCUUGAGCAUCUUUUUCUUGCUCUGUUCAUUUCUAUUCAGCUGGUGGUUCUUGUUCUUUGUGCCUUUCUCAGGGUAUGGAUGUGCAUGGUACAGUCACUUCUUUGUUGAAGGCAAUGUUCCAGCCACUUUUGGUCACCCAUUUUGGUCACUACUUUGUGAUUACAAGAUGUUUGGUUUAAUGAUUACUGGUCAAAUGGAUAGAGAGAUCAAGAGGCUUGGUAAAAGGCCUGUGCUUCAGGUCUUUUGAUUUUUCUAAAGUUUUAUCUUCUUUACUGUGGCUUGGUCCCUUGCUGUUGAGGUGAGUUUGCUUAUUAACUUCUUGUGUUUUUUUCUCUU